AUGCCUCUGGUAGAGCGCUACAAUGAUUGGAACGUCACCGAUAGGUCUUUCGAUGAUCCACACACGCUUGAGUUUGACCACAGGAUUGAGGCUGAUGCGGCGAUCUCUGGAACCGGGCUUGCUAAUGUUGAGAACAACGUGGAAGCUACCUGUAUCAUUACGGUCCUGAAGCCCGAAUUUGGCUGGACUCAAGUGGGGCACUCUUGGGUGUACGACCCUUCUCGCAAACAAACCGACUUGAACUCGAUAUGGCGAAACAACCUCGCAGAUUGCGUGCAAUAUGACAAGGACUCUUUGGGCCACUGUUUCUGUAAUAGUUUCACAAGUCCAGCUACAGCCUAUGUCGGGUCCGAAGCCGAAACCCUAUCCGACAAAAUGGAUGCUUUAGAGUGGCCGAGCGGUACGACUGAGUUCGUCAGCCGUUUUGCACCAGCCGGUCAGUACAUCAUCGGUCCAAAAUUCUGCUCAGCUUAUCAUCUUGGUCAUGGGUAUGUGGGAACGGCGGGGCAUUGCUUGGACAAGGCGUUACUUGACAGUCAGUUGGAGGAGCUGAGAGUGGUUUUCAAUUGGCUUGACGAUGUCGUGAGUAAUUCAGGUGGUCCAGUCUUCCAUGCCAACACUGGCUUAGUCGUUGGCCAUACCUCUUCGACUCAAGACGCUGUUUUUGAAAGUGAUGCACUUGCCGUAGAAUGUUGGGCGCAUGAGUUUGCCAAACACUCUAGGAAUUACAUUAUCGCUGCUGAAGUCAACGCCCUCUUAGAGAAACAAGAACCCAACAACAAUUUCUAUAGGGUUCAUCCAAAAUUCCUGCGUACGCUGACGGGAAAGCCAAGAGACAGCCCACUGAUCAAGGAUGCCACGAAUAUGUGUCCUGGCGACCUUGGGACGAAUAAAGAAUUACGAACUGGUGGGAGAUAUCAAGCUGUAUUUAGUCGUCACCAUUUCGACACGAAAGAUGUUUACUUGAGGAAUGCUACCGGAAGGGUGGAUCGUAGCGUAAUAUUCUUGACACCGCUCAAUGUCCUACUCGGCGAAUAUGACGCCUGCGUCCUCACUAUCAAGUUUGCAGGCAAGACCAAGGCUUUCGGAAAGCCAGAUGCCGGUAGUAGCGUCAACAUUACUAUCGGUGCCGCGCAGUGGGUAAUCCAGAACUCAGACUUUCACAAAUGUAGUAGUGCUACCAUUCCACUCGGGACAGAUGCGUGGUCAAUGACAUUCGACCUUGCAGCCCAACAACACGAUAUCCCAAAUAGCUGCCUUCAUGCACCACGCGGUCUCACUGCCUGGACUGCCAUACGCCUUGAUCAGCCUACUCAAAACCCGCCAUCAGUAGUUGGGCUCUCCCUGAGCAUCAAACGCGCCAGUUUCCCCUUCCCAGCGGAAACAAACUGGCCACCUGAGAGAAAAGAUGUGACCGCUAACCCCGAGGAGACUGAGCUGAGUUGGCCUGAAGAGACGUUUGAGUUCGCAACGACUGCUGGAGAUACCUCGGGAGCUUCUCAGAUGGAUGGAUUCCCCGAGACAAUUGUGGCACAAAACUAUAGGGAGUCUCUUUGGACAUGGGAAGCGCCGAUCAAUAGAGUGUGGACGAAUCCUCGUCAGCCUUCUCAGGGUCUGAGGGACCCGUUGAUGGAUAGUAUCGAUGAAUUGCUUGCGUGA